CCCCGCCUCCCCUCCCCCGCCCCCUCCCCCCCUUCGCGAUGGCCUGUCUCGCGGCGAGCAAUUUCGUCCGCCGCUCAGUCCCCCUCCGCCUCCUGCCGCAGGCCCUCGCCCCUUCGCGCAGGAGCCUUGUCACGCCGCCCCGUCUGCCUCUGGUGCGCAACAUGAGUGACGAGGUGGCAGCCGCUAAGGCUGCGUCCUCAGAGAGCAAACACCAGCCCACCAUCUUUGACAAGAUCAUUGACAAGUCCAUCCCAGCUGACAUUGUGUAUGAGGAUGAUAAGUGCCUGGCCUUCCGUGAUAUCUCGCCUCAGGCCCCAACUCACAUCCUUGUGAUUCCCAAGAAGAGGCUGGCGAUGCUGAGUGAUGCUACAGAAGAGGAUAAUUCUCUUCUUGGUCAUCUUCUGCUUACUGCAAACAAAGUAGCUGCUCAAGAGAAACUUGACAAUGGUUUUAGGAUUG